AUGUCUGAUGCACGGAUCAGACGCUAUAAACAAGUAAAACGAGCAGGAAAACAAUUUCGUCGUCGAAGAUUUUGGGUCCGACCAGGACGUACAAGCGCUUGGUGGGACAAUUUUGUCAGGCAAACUGUGAUAGAAGAAGAAUGGUGUGAAAAUUUUCGCAUGAGUCGACGUUCUCUCCACGAAUUAGCUGACGAACUUAGACCAUACAUAGAAGGCAAAACAACAAUAAUGCGGUCCCCAGUAGAUGUGGUUAAGCAGGUAGCGGUCACACUCUAUUACUUAAGUGACGAGGGACGUAUGCGAAAAACAGCGAAUGCCUUUGGAUUAUCGCGUCAAGUUGUAUCCAAAAUAAUUCGUAAAGUGUGUAAAGCUAUCACGAUUCGACUUGGACCUGAAUAUAUUAAACUGCCAUUCACAAAAGAAGAUGUUGAGAGGCAUAUCAGGAACUUCCACAGAUUGCACGGCUUUCCUCAAUGUUUGGGCGCAAUUGACGUACGCAUAUCGAAAUUAGGCAACCAGCAUAGUAGGGAAAUACCUCCAUGCCCACGACAAAUACUUUCAGAUGAGAAUCCCAUUCCAGUAUUCCUGUUAGGAGAUCCAGCCUAUCCCCUUAUGCCAUACCUCAUGAAGGAAUACUCAAAUGGAGGUUCAACAGUUCAGGAGCAAUAUUUUGGUAUGACCCUUUGCCAAUCAAGAAUGGUGAUUGAAUGCAUUUGGUCGUCUAAAAGCAAGGUUUGGGGCUUUGAAGAGGGCAAUGGACAUAAACAUUAA